AUGGCUUCUCAAAUAAACCCAGAAACACACGAGCGCCCUGAAGAUGUCCCGAACAUCCCGGAGGCAUUGGAAGCAGAGAAUGAUAUUGAUGACACAGACUCCACGCUAGAGAGCGGAGACGGAUCUUCCAGCUAUCUCACUUCCCUAAAAUCGAGCAUCUUCAGUUAUAGAUAUGAGAAUGGCCGUCGAUACCAUGCAUUCCAUGAAGGAACAUAUCUGGUGCCGAACGAUGAGGAGGAGCAAAGUCGGAUGGAUCUCUGUCACCACAUCUACAGCCUUCUUCUGAAAGGAAAACUUCAUACUGCUCCGAUCGAAAGCCCGCAGCGGGUUCUCGAUCUAGGCACAGGUACUGGAAUUUGGGCGAUCGAUUUUGCAGAUGAACACCCAGCAGCCGAAGUGGUCGGGACAGAUCUCAGCCCCAUCCAGCCCGACUGGGUACCUGCCAACUGUGUGUUUGAAGUAGACGACUUCGAAGACCCAUGGGUUUAUAAAAGGCCAUUCGACUACAUCCACGCCCGCGAACUAGAGGGAUGCAUCGCCAACGAGGAGCAUUUCUUCGAUCAAGCUUUCCAGAACCUCACCAGUGGUGGCUACCUUGAACUGCAAGCUCAGCGCGGAUUCUUCAUGUCUGACGAUGAUUCGGUCAAGAAGGCAGUGAAUGCUGAAAUUUGGGCAGAGGCGGUGCGUGACAGCAGCUCCAAGUUCGGAAAGCCGAUAGACUGUGUCACGCAGUGGAAGAGCAAGAUGGUCAAGGCUGGCUUCGAGGAUGUGCACGAGGAGGUUCGCAAGAUUCCCAUCGGCGGCUGGCCUAAAGAUCCUGUUCUCAAAGAAGUUGGAAAGUGCCAGGUGAUCCAAUCUUGCGCUGCUAUUGAUUCGUACACACCAAUGCUUUUGGGCAAGAUUCUAGGGUGGGAACAGGAUGCGAUGCAGGUGCUGAUGGCAAAGGCCAAGAAGGAACUUCGUGAUCUAUCCAUUCAUAUAUACCUUCCCGUCUACUUCAUCUGGGGUAAGAAGCCGUGA